AUUUAGAUUUAUUUCACAUUGAGUCUUUAAUCCAACAUUUCAUUUCACUAUAUUACAAGUUUUAGUGGGAUUAUAAAUUAUUUUAAAUCCUUUAAGAGAGAGAUUACAGAGAAAAGUCGCAGAUCUGUACCACUCACGGCAGCAGUCUUAGGAGGUUUAAAACCUUCCCAAUGAAAAAACAACAAUGUUUAAAGCUUUAUUUGGCUUCUAUAUGAAGAUAAAGUCAUCUGCUAUCAAUUCGAUUAACCUUUGAAAUUCAACUCGUUCUCUAAAUGUGUAUUCUUUACAGUUUUAGCUGAAGAGAAAACACAAAGUGGCACCGUUUUUCUGCAGCUCCUGCGUGCGCCACACUGAGUUGAGUCUCUACGGUUCUCAUGGUGUGUUCAAGUUCCUCUCUUCGCUCGGAUUUCUGUUUCCGUCUCAUCAGACCCGAGAAUCCUCCUGACAGCAUCAUGGCAACAGAAGAAGCUCCCACUGAAGUCGCCGCCGCCGCCCUGGCAAAGGCACCAGCUAAGUCCCCGAAGAAGAAGGCAGCCAAGCCGACUAAGAAGGUUGGUCCCGGAGCCGCUGAGCUCAUCUUGAAGGCGGUCACCGCCUCCAAGGACCGUAAAGGGAUCUCUUACAUCGCUGUGAAGAAGGCGCUGGCCGCUCAGGGCUACGAACACACCGCUCACAUUAAACGCGCCGUGAAGAGGUUACUCGAGAAUGGAUCACUUGUGCAAGUCAAGGGAAUCGGAGCCACCGGCUCCUUCAAGGCAGCCGAGAAGCCCAAGAAGGUAGCGAAGAAGCCCGCAGCCAAAGCCAAGAAGCCGGCAGCAGCAGCAGCGAAGAAACCCGCCGCUAAGAAGCCAGCAGCCAAGAAGGCAGUAACACCCAAGAAGGCGAAGAAGCCUGCUACUGCUGCCAAGAAAACCCCCGUGAAGAAGAUCACUAAGAGCCCGAAGAAGGUGGUGGCCAAGAAGGCAGCCCCCAAGAAGGCAGCUACC